AUCGGUGUCAUUGAAACUUCGAUAUUAUCCUGCGUCGCCUUGUUGCAGUAAACUGUUCAUAUUCACAAUGCAUAACGAGGCCUUAAUCUCAAGAAUCACUAGAUGGGCGAAUCAUUAUCGCGAUAUUACACAGUUUGGAAUGAUAUAAUCAUGGUUCCAUGAUAAGGGAAGCCAUUGGUUCGCUUUUGCACCACUGCUCGAAAACCAAGGCGUUCCGACAUGGUCUUUCCCUUCAUGCCGCCGCCUUUAAAACGGCGUUGCAAUUUGAUAUCAUCAUUGCCAACCACAUCCUCAACAUGUAUGCGAAGUGUGGUAACAUUGUUUCUGCUCGUCGCGUGUUUGAUGAGAUGUCCGAAAGAAACCUUGUGUCCUGGUCGGCCAUGAUUUCGGGUUGUGAUCAGGUCGGAGAGCAUCCGAUGGCACUUGAACUAUUUUCUAAAAUGUGUCCUGCGCCCAACGAGUACGUAUUUGCCAGUGCUAUCAGUGCAUCUGCCAGCCUCAUGGCAAUGCCACAGGGACAACAACUUCAUGCUAAAUCACUGAAGUUUGGCUAUGCAUCCGUCUCAUUUGUUUGUAACUCUCUGAUCUCGAUGUAUAUGAAAUGUGGUCGAUGCAAUGAUGCCUUAUCAGUGUAUACUAGUACACCAGAACCUAACUCUGUUUCAUAUAAUGCUCUCAUUUCUGGGUUUGUAGAAAAUGGGCAGCUUGAAAGGGGGUUUGAAGUGUUCAAACUAAUGCACCAACAAGGUUUUGUACCAGAUCGUUUUACUUUCAUUGGAGCUUUGGAGAUUUGCACUGAUUCAAAUGAUUGCGUAAUGGGAACAGCGUUGCAUGCCCAAACAGUCAAGCUUGAGCUCGACUCCAUGCCUUUUAUUGGAAAUGUGAUGAUAUCAAUGUACUCGAGAUUUAGUUUGAUAGAUGAAGCGGAGAAGGUCUUCAGAUUAAUUAAAUUGAAAGAUGUCAUUUCAUGGAACACGAUUAUCGCUGCUUAUUCUCAUUGCGAUGAGCAUUCAAAGGGUUUAAGUGUUUUCAAAGGGAUGGCGAAUGACUAUUAUGUGAGACCUGAUGACUUCACCUUUGCCAGUGUCCUUGCCGCCUGUGCUAGUCUUGCUUCCAUUCGCCAUGGCAAGCAGAUUCAUGCUCAUAUAAUCAGAACAAGGCUGUAUCAAGAUGUGGGAGUUGGUAAUGCUCUAGUGAACAUGUAUGCUAAAUGUGGUUCCAUUGGAUGUGCACGUAACGUUUUUAACAGAAUACACCAUCGCAAUAAUUUUUCAUGGAACACCAUGAUUGCUGGAUUUGCAAAUCAUGGGCUUGGUGAAUGGGCCCUAGACCUUUUUGAGCAGAUGAAGGCCAUGGGUUUAAAUCCAGAUUCUGUGACAUUCGUUGGACUUCUCAUGGCUUGCAAUCAUGCAGGGCUUGUGGACAAGGGCGAAGUUCUUUUUAAUUCAAUGGAAAAAGAUUAUGGGAUUACUCCUGAUAUACAACAUUUCUCAUGUCUUAUUGAUAUGUUGGGACGGGCUGGGAGAUUAAGAAAGGCUGAAGAGUACAUCAAGAAAUUUCCUUUUGGGCAUGACCCAGUUGUUUUAGGGAGCUUGCUUUCGGCAUGUCGCCUGCAUGGGGAUAUUGUAAUCGGGGAGUGGUUGGCUAAACAACUCCUAAAGACUCAGCCUGUGACUAGUUCACCUUAUGUUCUAUUGGCGAACUUGUAUGCUUUGGAUGAGAUGUGGGGUGAUGUUGCGGAGGCAAGGAAUAUGUUGAAGGGUAGUGGGUUGAGGAAGACACCUGGCCAUAGUCUGAUUGAAGUAAACGGAAAUUUUGAAAAAUUCACUAUAGGGGAUUUUUCUCAUACAAGGAUUCAUGGGAUAAAGAACAUUCUAAGAACUUUAAAUUGGGCAGUGCGUGAAGUCUUCUUGGCCAUAUGAUAUACUCCUGUGUUUUUCCUAAAGUGGUCAAGUCUAGGGCAACAGGCGCUAUGGAUUGGAUAACAUGAACCGUGAUGCCCGGACUGUCAGUCUUCCCUUUUCUACUGGAUUUUGGAUUUCCUCUCAUAAUGACAUGGAAACCUGGGACAGAUAACUGGAUUUUCAAGCUUUCCUUGGCCACUGCAUGAUGGAUUGCCUCUCAUUAUUUCAUGGAAAGCAGGGAUGUUCAGCACCUGUGAUUAUUGCGGGACUUCAUCUAUGUAGAUUGGGUUUCAAGCAUCAGUACCCCACGCGUAAACAAUGAAGAGUAGAGUCCUUAAAAUUGCUCAGCAGCUGUCCCCCUACUUCCAAGACAUCACUAUAUAGAGCCAUCAUGGAUAUUAACUUUAUGAGAUGAAAAAAUCAAAAUAAUAUUCUUCUUUCCUUCUGUAGCAAUAAAGGAGCGGUAGCAAAUUGUAUACACUAUAAUGAAAAUGUUGUGUCUAGGACGUCUUUAGA